GCGCAGCGAGUGGGGUGACGGUCCCAGCUCGAUGGUGGCGAGCCGCGCCGACUCGCGCGACAGUCCGGGCCCGCCGCGGCCGACGGCGCUACCGCCGCCCUCGCCGCCCGUCCCGCAACAGGUGCCGCCGGACCCGCUGGACGUGAGCGGCAUGCUGGCGCUCUCCGUGGACAGUCCGCCGUCCGAGCCGCCGCCCAUGCCGCUGCCCCUCUGCGAGCCGCCCGUGCCGCCCGCCGCCGAGAUACCCUUUCAGAUGCAGGGCUGCUCCAAACGCAACACGUCCGACUCCCCGCACGUGCGCGCGGCCCUGCAACGCAUCUCGAGCGGCGAGGCGACCGUGGCCGAGGCGUCCAUCCAGUACGACAUCCCCAUCCCGACGCUGUACCUCAACAUGCGCCGCACGGGCGUGAAGGCGCGCGGACGCGUCGGCAUGGCCGGUAAACGGAAGCCUCGCGGUGCCGCCAUGAGCGUCGAGAUGCGGAGCGCUCUGGACGAGAUCGGCGCCGGCACUAUCACCGCCUCCAAGGCGUCCCGGAAGUACAACAUCACGCUGCCUCGCAUCAUGUCCUGGAUGCGCAAGUUGGGCGUGCGAAGCGCCUACGCGCGAAACAACACGGCGGCGCCGCCCGAGAUGCGUCCGGGGCCCGAAGCCGAAAGUCCUGCCAUCUGACGGGCUAUGGAGCAACCUGUGUCAGAGAAAGCGGCCAUGAGACGGCGCGGCCGACCGCGCCGCGCUUUACGAGUCUAUCUAUAGCGGUUCCUGAGUCGUGAUUCUGGGCUCGCCAAUGGCACUCGCUUUCUGUUUUCCAGACGCUUCACUCCCGGAAUUCGUCGAAGGCACGAGGUGUCACACGGAACCGGCGAGGUCUCCAAUGAGCUCAAAAUCGCGACUCGCCCCAGCUGUAGGCAGCAACAACUGUAUCCAGAACCGCUUCCAGGCCGCCUGUAGCCUGGACGUGACUGCGAGGCCGAUGUGCCCUGUCCGGUCCGUAGUGUCUGCGCCUGUCGCGAGGGCCGCCGUCAGCUCUGCCGGAACGUCGCCGGUCACCUACGGCCGUGACCGGGGCUGGCACGUGUGCAUACUGGCGUCGGCGCAGCGCGCGACGCGAGCUGAUCACAGCCAGGUAGCUACCACUUGCCAAAGAGCGGCGUAUAUAACCUUUGGAGUGGCUAGUCAGUCAGUGAAUCCUCGGCGGCGUGGCCCGCCGUUCGGCGGUGGCGGCACCAUGCGUCGACAUGGUCGAUGCGUUCGCACGGAUCGUGCGGGCCGACUGGGCGUGCUCCCCUCCGGCGGGACGGACAGAGGCGCUCCGGGUCCCGGACGCGCCGGCUGGCCGGCGCGUCAGGUCCUGGUCGGGCCGCAGUCAUGCCGGCCCGGAGGCAUGCAUGAUUUGCUGUCGAGGAAGGCCGUAAGGAAGGCUUUUCAGUUCAGUUUCAAAGGGAAUGUUUCACACCAGUUUGGUGCUUUGAAUUCGGAUAGUUGGUUCGUUAUACACAAUGAGAUAUCCACAACCACAACUGCAUUGAGGCCUAGCGUUCUUGUCGAGCUUGAAUUCCGCGAAUCGGCGGGUUACUUAAAAUGCCGUGGCAUGGCUGGGAGGUGUCCCCAACGGCUGGCUAGGCCGUUGGUCGGCCGCGCCGCGCUAGCCGCCGCUGCCGGCCGUGGAUCGACUGGACGUGACGCUGCGCGCGGCGUGACUCGACAAGGCCGCGUCGUUCCUGUAAAGAUGUGAUACUUUUAGCGCUGCUAUCUAAAAUUUCGACGUUUCUAACUAAAGCGUUAACAUGACCAUGCUCCGGCGGGGAUGAUGGUUUUGUCCUUGUGCGGUGGCCCGUGAAGGUGAAUCAUUCCUUUAAACCAAAACCUCAUUGAGAAACCGUUCUUGCUAGUUUCAGCUAAACUGAUGGCCGGCAUUGUUGAUGCUAGAGUGUGAUGAGCGCACUGACACCUGGUGAGAGGCAUUAUGUGGGCAUCUUUUGCGUAUGAUGUGCGCAUCAAUGUGAACGUGGUUGACGGUGGGGAGGUGGGACGUUGCGCCCUGUCGCCGCCUCUGCCGUGGUGCUGUGGGCCGGACUCUCCCUGUUCGCUCCCAGACCACGAGGCUCCUGACGCUGGGGACGGCCAGCGGCACCGACCGCCGCCAAUGUGCUCUGUGUGGGACGUUGCGCCCUGUCGCCGCCUCUGCCGUGGUGUUGUGGGCCGGACUCUCCCUGUUCGCUCCCAGACCACGAGGCUCCUGACGCUGGGGACGGCCAGCGGCACCGACCGCCGCCAAUGUGCUCUGCGUGCCCCACUCCGGCAGCGCGUGAAUGGCGUCUCAAAUGACCGAGGAAUACUGAAGCGAUUUGUACUGUCUGUGCGCCGCUGGUGGGCUAGAACGAGCCGCAGACUGUGUUGAGGGGUGCCUGAAGCGUCUGGGUAGCGAGCGCCCCGGAGGGGCCGCUGAGUGGCUGCGUGCGCUGCUGUACGCGCCACGUGCAGAUGUGCCGUGCGCCCCAUGAAAUGGAGACCAGCCUCCGCGCCACGUGCCGACCCCGUGUCACCGUUCACGCGAAGAAGUAGUCACUAAUCUGACACCUCUGUACGCUUUUGUAUUUAUUUUUGUACCUGUUCUAGUGGUCGAUAUUAUCCGCGCCGCCUGAGGCGCGGUGGUCGUGAACUCAGUUUCUCCUGUAUUGGUUUGGUUUCUUGGCAAGCGUCAGGCGUCCGUCGCGCCUGUCUGUGAACUGGCAAACGAUCACAUGCAUUAGCACGGGCGCAUCGCGCCACGGGGCCAGCCCGACGUGGAGCGCGACCGCGUCGGCAGACGAGGCGUGCGCAUGAUGCGUGUGCCGCUGCACCGCCGCAAGCGGGGGACUGAGGAUGACCUGGAGGCCUCCCGACCACCUCCGCGGUGGCGGCGUCGCCUUGGUCGCCUGCCCGCGCCGGGCUGGUGCGACCCCCGGCGGAUGGUCGGUGAGACCUCGGGUACCGCGUGCCGCGUGGUCGGACGCUCCGGUGCCGUGGCCGCCUGCGUGUGGACUCGGAGACGGCAGUACAGCGAUUUCGGUGAUCGGUUUCUUGUGACGAUCGCCACCGGCGUGUCUGGCCAAUAAACAGCUCGGUGCCGACCGCUGCCAGAA